UACUACGCUGGGGACAUCAGAAUAUAGACUACAUUACCCAUCAUGCCAUUUCCACCCCGGUUAAAAGCAAAAGGGCAAAAGUUGAGAGGUCACAGGAAACCGUGCCUCACAUGGCUGGACGGAUGUUGAAAGUGUCCUCUUUUGCCACAGCAGUGUUUGCCUCCUCUGGAUUUUAUCUGUACAACAAGCAUGUGGACCCCAAUGACAUCAGUUUUAUUAGGUUUGGAAGAGCUGCAGCUACGACUGCUGUUAUCAGUUAUGACUACAUGACAUCCCUUGAAAAUGUGGACCAUGGGACAGAGGAGUACUGGGCUCUCAAAUCAAAGGUACACCGUCGCUCUGCGGAGCGGCUCCGGGACCUGUGCUGUGCCAACCGGGGCACCUUCAUCAAGGUGGGGCAGCACCUGGGCGCCCUGGACUACCUGCUGCCCGAGGAGUACACCAGCACUCUGAAGGUGCUCCACAGCCAGGCUCCACAGAGCACCUUGGAGGAGAUCCAACAGGUCGUACGGGAGGACCUGGGCAAAGAGAUCGGACAGCUGUUCGCGAGCUUCGAAGAGACGCCCCAGGGCGCGGCGUCGCUGGCUCAGGUCCACCGGGCCGUGCUGAAAGACGGCAGGACUGUGGCCGUCAAAGUGCAGCACCCCAAAGUGGAGGCCCAGAGUUCCAAGGACAUCCUGGUCAUGGAGUUUCUGGUACAGGUCGUCCAUUGGCUCUUUCCUGACUUCGCCUUCAUGUGGUUGGUGGAGGAGGCCAAGAGGAACCUGCCUCUGGAGCUGGACUUCAUGAAUGAGGGCCGGAAUGCCGAGAAGGUGGCGGAGAUGCUGAAGCACUUUGAAUUCCUCAAGGUUCCAAAGAUCCACUGGGACCUGUCGACCAAACGCAUACUGACCAUGGAGUUUGCGGAGGGGGGGCAAGUCAAUGACAGGGAGUACAUGAACAAGCACGGCAUUGACGUCAAUGAGGUUUCCAGGAACCUGGGGAAGAUGUACAGUGAGAUGAUAUUCGUGAACGGCUUCGUGCACUGUGACCCCCACCCUGGCAAUGUGCUGGUGAAGAAGUGCCCGAAAAGCAAUAAGACCCAAAUUGUGUUACUCGAUCAUGGCCUGUAUCAGACGCUGAACCCAGACUUCCGGAUGGACUACUGCCGGCUGUGGCAGGCCCUGAUGAAGGCCGACCUGAAGGCCGUGGAGAGGUUCAGCCGCCGUCUGGGCGCCGGGGACCUGUACCCCCUCUUCGCCUGCGUGCUCACAGCCCGGUCCUGGGCCUCGGUCGCCGGAGGCAUCAGUCAGACGCCCGUCACGAAUUCAGAGGACGUGGAGAUCCGGACGAACGCCGCCCUGUACCUCCCUCAGAUCAGUGACCUCCUGAACAAGGUUCCCCGCCAGAUGCUCCUGCUGCUGAAGACCAACGACCUGCUGCGAGGCAUCGAGACCACCCUGCAGACCAGGGCCAGCGCCAGCUCCUUCAUCAACAUGUCACGCUGCUGCGUCCGAGCCGCCGCCAGGUACAAGCGCAGUAAGACCCAGUCCCGGAUGCGGAGAAUGCGGAUCAGCCUGUCGGAGGUCCUCACCCUGUGGCAGAUCAAUGCAUAUGAACUCUUUCUGUGGGUCAAGGGCUCACUACUGGCUCGCUGGGUUACUAGUCUACUGAGCUGUCUACAAUAUCCACACUGACCUCUACUUUGUUUCUGAUUUCUGUACUCCAAGUGGCGAUUAUGUAUUUAUGUACGUUUGCCUAGAUUUGCUAUGAAUCAGUGUUUCCUGGUGAUUGGUCAAGAAGUUAUGGUGUGCCUGGAUGAGGACACCAUCUCGGUUCUGAGAACAAAUUUGAGAGCAAAGUGUCCGAGGGCACUAUGACUAUUUUAAGCCUCAUAAGCAGAUACUCACAGGUAUGUUUUACUAGGCCAAUGUGCAAAUGUUAUUUCAAAAAAUUGUGCUGAAUAAUCUAAUCCCAUGUUAGGUUGGAACAUUUCUGCUCCCCAUCUUAACAUCUUAAGAGCCAGAUGGUUUGCGAAUCUGUCUUAGCAUAGCUACUCUUUGUCCCAGAACAGUAUUUAACUUGCGGUGAAUUUGCGGAGCUAAUCUUUUUAAGCAACUUUUUUAUCUCUUAUCCCCCCCCCCCCCCCUUUUUAACUGUAGAAUGCCAAAUGCCAAAAAUAUGAUUUAGCCUGUCAAACAUAUUUAGGGUCAGAAAUGAGCAUGGCUGUCCUCCAAAGAUGCCAACCUCAUGCCUAAACUUUGAGGACUUUUACCACUGAAUGUACAUACAGUCGAUCAUACAGCAACAUACUGUAUACAGGAACACUGUUUUACUUUCCAUUUGUUUACUUGCCAUAGAUUAUUGAUUUUGUUAAGCAUUUACUGUGUCUGUCCUCAUCUUCAUUUCGUCAUGUACUUGUAGGAUUUGUACCAUCCUAUUUAUCCCAUUUUAUCCUGUGGUAGAUUUAUUAAUGAACCUCAAGAUCUGUACUAUUGUAUUAGCUGCACAUUAAUGCUGUACAUUUUUCAUAAUGUGUUGUGGUUGACCAUCAAUGAGCCUCAAUAUGUGUGCCAUUUUAUGUACUGUAACUGCACAUUUGCGUGCAUUUUAUGUUGUGGUAGACCAUAAAUUAACCUCAGGAUUUGUACCACAGGAUUUGUACCUUUGUUUUUAUCUGUGCACAUUGCAUACAGUGUUCUGUGCCCUGGGUGUGCACUCCCUUCCUCUCAGUUGACAUUCCUGCUUCAGUUCUACCUGUUUGCCAUGUUAAAUAAGGCUGAUGUUAGCCAUAAGCAGGUUCUUAAUCCUCAAUAUUCAGUGGUGAUUACCUUUCACAAAAAUCUCAUGACUUUUGUUUUUUUUUCUUCUUCUUCUUUAUGUUUUCAUUAUUGUUGUAUGGUGGAAGGGUCUGCAGAUAAUCUGAAUUGAACUUUGAGGAGGUGGGUAUUAAUUAUUCUUAUCUUAAUUAUUCUUUUAGCACUGGGUAUAGUUCUAUAAAUUACCUCCCCCAUAAUAUGGUAUUGGUGUUUCUUUCAAAUAUUUGGAGAACAUGUAAAAAUGUUUCUGUUCACAAUGAGUUAAUGAUACAUAUACAGUAAAUAAAUGAUUGAACAUGAACUGAAAUUCAUGUUUUUAAGAAAAAAAUAAGCAUCAA